AUGGCGGCAAUGUACUGGUUACUUGCCCUUGCCUGGGCUGGGCAGCUCGCCGCUGGGCAGGUCUGCGAGGAUUUCUCAGUCGACACAGGAGUAUACUGGACCGACGUCAGUAACUGCACGAGCUGUGUUGGCGUGGGAGGCUGCGGCUACUGCUUGUCCACCCUUCAGUGCGUCGACGGGACCUCGAGCGGACCUUCGGAUGGAUCGCCCUGUCCUACCUGGAUUUCCGAGCCCGACGUUUGCCCUGAGACCCCGAGGUGCGGCGAAUACCCCGAGUGCACGACCUGCGCCGAGGAUGAAGACUGCGCGUGGUGUGCCUCCGAAGGCGCCUGCAUGACUGUCUCCGAGAUCUUCAGCACGGACUGCCGUGGGACUGUGUUCGACCUUCCGUGUCCGACAUCCUUCGUGGCAGAAAACCGGCUCGUGGGUAACCUCAUCAUAGAGGCCGACCCCCAGUUCGGUGGCGGCCAGCUUUCGGCGUCGGGCACGACUGAAAGUGGCGACAUUUUUUCCCUAUCUCUGAACGACACCACGUUUCGGGUCCAAUCUGGUGGCAACGCGAGUAUUCUAUCCGCCAACUCGAUUAACGCCAACGCCGCCGGAGGAAGCUUGUCGCUCUCUGCUGGUGACGGGGUCAACCCUAUCGGGGGAAGCGGCGGGGGCGUUUCCAUCACCGGUGGGGGCGCUGAGGGACUUGAGGCGUUCGGGGGGGAAGUCGGCGUUGGCGGAGGCAUAGAGGUCACCGGGGGCUCUUCCGUGGAAGGCAAAGGUGGAGGCGUGAGCAUCAGCGGGGGCACUAGCGAGAGCGGAGAAGGGGGAGAUAUCUCUCUCGCCAGCGGGUCGAGCGAGGGCAUCGCUUCCGGGCAAGUGGAAGUUGGCUCAGGGGUCGGCCAGGGCACCGCUUCCAGCGGCGGCGUCUCCGUUUCGUCUGGUGAGUCUCUGUCGAACAGCACUGGGUCGCUCGUCCUUGGAACCGGUGCGGCCACGAACGGCGAGGCGGGCUUCAUCAGCAUCACCGUCGGGGCCACGGGCAUCGGUCAAGGUUCCGAUGUCUCCGUUACGGCGGGCGAAACGACCGACACAAGCUCCGACGGGGGUAGUGUGCGCAUCAACUCUGGAUACGCGUUCAACGGCUCUAGCGGCGGCUUGUACCUACAGACGGCCAACAGCGGCACCGCGGGUUCUAGCGGGGACCUACUUUUGAGAACAGGUGCCGCGAGCGCCGCGGACUCAGGCUCGAUCUCGCUGAUCACAAACUCAGCCGUCGGCGGCAAGGGCGGACAGAUCAGCCUCGCGGUUGGCAGUGGUGACAGCGGGGAGGGUGGUUCCGUGUACAUCACCGCAGGCAACACCGCCGCGCCUUCGUCUGCCGGAGGAGGCGUGCUGAUUACGGCUGGUGCGGGGACGGACACAACGUCCUACGCCGGCGGCUUAGGUGGUCCCGUAACAAUUACAGGUGGCGAAGCGUUCGGCCAGGGACUUUCUGACGUGGGCGGGAUGGUGACUGCUACGGGUGGCUACGCUGCGGCGAGCACCGGUGGAGCCCUGCUCCUUUCCACGGGUGUCGGCAGGCUUACUUCGAGCGGUGCGGCGACAUUGACCACCGCAAACGCCGGGGCCUUGGGUGUUAGCGGAAUGGUGAAGCUUCUCACUGGAACGUCCUCAGCCGGGAACACAGGCGAGAUCCUGAUCCAAUCAGGUGAUGCUACGGGCGGCGGUGGAGGAGACAUUCGCAUGUCCGUCGGAAGUGGCGAUUUGGGAGUGGGAGGGUGGGUGGUCAUCGACGCAGGUACGAGCAGCCAUCAGACUGGUGGAGGGGUAUCGAUUUCCGGUGGCUCGGGAACGACAAGCUCUAGCGGCGAUAUCCUGAUUCGAACGAUGAAUGCGGGCCCAAAGGGCGUGUCUGGGUCGAUCGUUCUGAGCACGGGACAGGCCACCGACGGAAGUGCCGGAGAUAUCGAGUUUCAGACAGGAUCCUCCACGGAUGGAGAUGCGGGGGACAUUGUCUUCAGCAUCGGCGGUGCUGACCUGGUCGGCUCCGGUGGCGAUAUUGAGUUUAUGGCGGGAAACACGAGCGCCGUGGACGGUGUUGGCGGAGCUGUAUUGCUCGGUGCGGGCGACGGGACCAACGCAGAAGGCGGUGCUGGCGGCACUGUUUCAAUUUCUGGUGGCGGUGCUUCAGGAACGGAAGCCGGCGGCGGCACCGGAGACGGCGGGGCCAUUGUUCUUGCCGGCGGAUCCGCUAUCGACGGAGCUGGCGGGGCGGUUUCUCUGGUAGGCGGUACGAGCUCAACGGGUACAGGAGGCACAAUCGAGCUUCGUAGCGGCGCAAGUGACGUGUCUGCCAGCGGAGCCGUGUACGUGUCUACCACAAACGCAGUUGGUUCUGCUUCGAGCGGCUCCAUCGCCAUCUCCACUGGGACUUCCAGCAGCGGCGACUCUGGCACGGUGCUGCUCGGCUCUGGGGCGGCGGUAGAUGGGGCCGGAGGCGCUGUUGGGGUUUUCGUCGGUGCGGGUGGCACUGGCGACGGUGGAGAUCUUUUCCUGUACGCAGGUGACACUUCGGCUGUCGGAGCGCGAGGAGGCACCGUGUUCGUUACCGCUGGCGAGGGCUCCAGUGUCGACGAAGGAGACGGGGGUGACGGGGGCCACGUCAUUGUGCAGGGUGGAAGCUCGAGAGGAACGUCAGUGCUGGACCGCGGCGGGACCGUAGAGAUUGUGGGCGGCGAUUCUGUGGCUGGGCGGGGCGGAGGGAUCAGCGUCCAAUCUGGCACAAGCGUCGACGGGUCCAGCGGUCCCAUUGCUCUCGCGACAUCUCCAUCAGGAUCUGACGGUGCAAGCGGUGACGUUUCCGUGUCCACCGGUGAGUCCUCUGCAGCCACAUCAGGAUCUAUCUUUGUCAACACGGGUGCAGCCACCGCUGGAGCCGGAGGGUCAAUUUAUUUGUCCGUCGGCGAAGGUGAUUACGAGGACGGCGGAAGCGUUCAAAUUUCCGCCGGCAUGACAAGCGCCGUCGGCGGAGUGGGUGGGCAUGUAUCUAUCGAAGGCGGGCAAGGAUCGAGUCCCCAUCAGACUGACGGUGGCGACGGCGGAGAAGUGAGCAUUCUAGGUGGCGCCGCUAAAGGUCAAGCAGGUAGCGACGACGGCGGCCGUGUAACUCUGGACGGUGGCAGGUCCUUCGCCGGUAGCGGUGGUGACGUGUUGAUCAAAUCUGGUUUGAGCACGCUGAGAUCCAGCGGAUCCAUCGCGGUGGACACUGGGGACGCUGGCGCACAGGGAUCUAGCGGUGAUGUGUCUAUCCGAACUGGUACCACGAGCUACGGCUCGAGCGGCAGCGUUUCCCUUUCGACAGGGGAUGCCCAGAUUGGAGGUGGAGGAAACAUUGCUAUCCGCGUGGGCGACGGUGACUCGGGAGCUGGCGGAGGCAUCGAGCUAACGGCGGGCACCACAAUCGACAAGGCUUCCGGCGGAAAUGUCCUUAUCGCGGGCGGGUACAGCAGUCACACCUCGAGCGGAACGAUCAUGCUACGCACUAUGAACGCAGGGGGUGCUGGAACUAGUGGGGGGCUUCUGCUCUCCACGGGAACCUCCAGCCGCGGCGGGAGUGGGACUGUUCAACUAGUCACAGGGGCUGCCGAAGACGGGUCUGGUGGCGAUAUUCUCGCCGCUGUGGGAUCUGGACACACCGGAGACGGAGGUGACGUCAUCCUGGCAGCGGGAGAAACAAGCGCGCUGGAAGCGGCAGGUGGCGACGUUCUCAUUGUUGCCGGGGAAGGAAGCAGCCGGGACCGUUACAACGGCGGCGACGGUGGACGCGUUCAGAUUUUCGGCGGGGCGGGUCAAGGAGGCGCCUUGGGAGACGACGGCGGGAACAUUGAGCUCUCCGGUGGAUUCUCACGCCGAGGCAAGGGCGGGGAGAUUCAAAUCCGGACCGGUUACGGAGAGCACAGCUCAAGUGGACCCAUGCGCUUAUCAACUGCGAAUGCCGGCGAAUCUGGAACGAGCGGUGGCAUGUUUAUUCACACCGGCACAUCAAGUCAAGGCAACUCUGGGGCGAUCCGCUUUAAAACCGGCGAAGCCGUUCACGGUCGUGGCGGCAACUUCGAGGUAAGCGUCGGGACCGGCGACUCCGGCGACGGGGGCGACAUCAUCCUUGUCGCCGGAGAUACGCACGGGGACAGCGGUGGUGACGUUUCGAUUCGCACUGGACACUCAUACGGAUCGACCAGCGGAGAUCUGAUUCUGCAAACCGUCAACGCCGGACAGCACGGGAACAGUGGGCGAGCUGUUCUUUCUACCGGUCACAGUCCCGACGGCGGUUCGGGUGCGCUUGUUCUUAACACAGGGGACGCUGGUGGUGGUCCUGGUGGCAACAUCGAAUUAUUUGUGGGGACUGGUGCGGAACAAAACGGCGGGGCUGUGAUGUUGCGGGCCGGAGAUGCCACGGCAAAAGGAAGGCGUGGGGGUGACAUUCUGAUGGCGGCGGGGGACGGGCUCAGCACAGCGAAAGGGAACAGCCACGGCAGUGGUGGAGAUGGCGGGUCCGUUUUUAUUGAUGCAGGGCGAGCGAGUGGAUUGGACGCAAAAAACGAUCCGGGUGGGAACAUCGAACUCACUGCAGGUCCCGCAGCUGCCGCCACCGGUGGCUCCCUCCUCUUGCAGUCGGGUUCUGGACCUGGAUCGGGCCCCAAAGGAGGUGCCGUGAACAUCACUGCAGGCGAGUCCAGCGCUCGGCUAGGAGUCGGCGGUGCGCUGUCACUAGCAGCUGGUGCCGGCACGAAUCGACAUGGUGCGGGCGGCGGACGAGGAGGUAGCGUCGAUGUCGAAGGCGGUGAAGCUAGCGGUGGAAAACCGACGGAUACAGGAGGAACGGUGAGUUUGUUAGGAGGAUCCGCCGCUAAAGGUACUGGAGGGUCUAUCGUUAUUGCCACCGGCGCAAGCAAAGACGCGACGAGCGGAUCGGUGCGGGUUGUCACCGCAAGCGCAGGCCGCUCUGGCUCCAGUGGGUCCAUUGCAGUAUCCACCGGGAAUUCCACGCGUGGUGAGUCAGGAGAGCUGACUCUAGCAACCGGGCGCUCGAGUGCAGGCGCGGGAGGCGGCAUAGCCCUUGCCGUUGGACCUGGGACUGCAGGAAAGGGUGGCGACGUGAACAUUUCUGCAGGGGCAACUGAGUCUAUUUCGGGCCACACAGGAGGCGCAGUUAGGAUUCAGUCUGGCCAAAGCUGGCACGGGUCCAGUGGUGGCGUGGGUGUUCAUACCCCAAACGCUGGGAAGAACGGAAAAAGUGGCAACGUCCGUCUAUCCACGGGAGGUUCGCUGUCUGGUCCCGCCGGGUCAGUCCUUGUUUCAACUGGAAACGCUUCCACCAGCGGUGAUAUCGUUGCACGGGUUGGUAUUGCAGCGGCUUCGGAUGGCGGCCAGGUCAGGAUCACGGCUGGUGAUACCGAAGGUUCUGCCAAAGCGGGUGGCGCGCUACGACUGCAAGCGGGUCAAGCAUCUCAUGGAGAGGGAGGGGACGUAUCGAUAUCGGCUGGGACAGGAACAGGAGACGAACGACACGGUAUUGAUGGGGCCGGUGGUUCGGUCAGAAUCAACGCCGGGCGAGGCACGGUCGGUCCUGGCGGCGGCGUUGAGAUUUUUGGCGGGUCUUCUGACGAUGACCAGUCGCGUGGUCGUCGCAAGGAUGGCACUAGCGCAAGUGAAGCGGGCGGAGACGUUACUCUCAAGGCGGGGUCGGGCAGUGAUGGUGCCGGAGGGAAGCUAGUAGUUCGCCCCGGAGCAGGUGGAGUUACCAACGGGACGGUCAACAUUCAGGCAUCGACAGGAGUGGGACGCAUCGUCACUUCUGAUGACAGCGUCUCUCUAUCCAGUGGUAUCGACGGCGGGAUCUAUCUGGCGGUACCCCCGGGUGACAUCGCCACGAACAACGUUAUUGGAUUCAGCAUUGACAACCCCAUGGACGACAAUGUCGAGUACGACUUCCGGUUGCAACAAUUCGAAGGCGGAGAAUCGCGCGUGGUGUCCAGCGUCCCACUCCAGGUCACGACCAUCGAGUACUCGUCUGACGAGCGGAUAAAGGAAAGCAUCAUUGACGUCGAUGUCGACGAUGUUCUCCAGCGUUUUAUGGAAGUGGAGAUGGUGGAGUACGCCUACACGGAAGAGUGGCGCCAAGCUCGAAACUUGGGAGAAAACGCUCGCGUCCGAGGCGUGAUCGCUCAGCAGCUGGCCGAGGUCUUUCCGGAGCAUGUGGAGGUCAUACCCGAGUUCGAGCUGCCCGACAAGGACUUUGCAAUCAGCGAUUUCCUCCAGGUGGACAAGGUUUCGCUUACGCUUGAUCUCAUAUCGGCCAUACAGUCUCAACACAAGCACUAUAGCUUUGGACCAAACUCCGGCGACAAGAGUGGCGACAUCACAGUCGCCACCGAAGCUGGCGGAUCAUACGCGAAUGCUGACCCUACCGGUGCCAGCGGUUCGGUUCUUAUCUCUACCGGUACGGCCUCGUUGGGCGACAGUGGAUCGAUCACCCUGGCCACCGGACCAGGAGCAGAAGGGGGCAAGUCUGGAAAUGUCAGUAUCCAAGUAGGUCGCACCCUUGAAUACGGCCCCCAAGUCCAGAUGACGGAGUUGGGCGUCCGCGUUUCCGCCGGGCAGCAGAUCGAUCCUUUACAGCCCGGACGUGCGGUCGAGAUAUCUGCAGGGUCAACGGCACCUUCCGAUGGAGGACCCUCUGGAGACGGUGGAGUGCUAAUGUUGCUUUCGGGUAAUAGUACUGGAGAUGGUGGUACGGGGGGAAGCAUCGUGGUGAGGCCCGGGAGAGGCGGACUGCUGAAUGGUACCGUUGAGAUACAGUCGUCAACGGGAACCCAGCGUAUCGUAGCUACGGAAAACGACGUGAAUGUGACCAGCGGUAUCGACGGCGGGAUCUAUCUGGCGGUACCCGCGGGUGACAUCGCCACGAACAACGUUAUUGGAUUCAGCAUUGACAACCCCAUGGACGACAAUGUCGAGUACGACUUCCGGUUGCAACAAUUCGAAGGCGGAGAAUCGCGCGUGGUGUCCAGCGUCCCACUCCAGGUCACGACCAUCGAGUACUCGUCUGACGAGCGGAUAAAGGAAAGCAUCAUUGACGUCGAUGUCGACGAUGUUCUCCAGCGUUUUAUGGAAGUGGAGAUGGUGGAGUACGCCUACACGGAAGAGUGGCGCCAAGCUCGAAACUUGGGAGAAAACGCUCGCGUCCGAGGCGUGAUCGCUCAGCAGCUGGCCGAGGUCUUUCCGGAGCAUGUGGAGGUCAUACCCGAGUUCGAGCUGCCCGACAAGGACUUUGCAAUCAGCGAUUUCCUCCAGGUGGACAAGGUUUCGCUUACGCUUGAUCUCAUAUCGGCCAUACAGUCUCAACACAAGCACUAUAGCUUUGGACCAAACUCCGGCGACAAGAGUGGCGACAUCACAGUCGCCACCGAAGCUGGCGGAUCAUACGCGAAUGCUGACCCUACCGGUGCCAGCGGUUCGGUUCUUAUCUCUACCGGUACGGCCUCAUUGGGCGACAGUGGAUCGAUCACCCUGGCCACCGGACCGUCGGAGUAUGGCGGCGAAGCCGGAAGCAUCCACCUUCGUGUCGGAGAGGAGAACACAGGGUCUACCACGCUCAGUAUAUCCCCUUUGGACAUGCAUCUAUCAGCUGGCGACCAGACUGAGCCCAACAAAGCAGGAGGAACUAUUGAGAUAUCGGCGGGGAAUGCUUUACCACCGGGGGGUGGUGACGUGUCAGGCACAGGCGGCUCGCUCAUACUCAGAGCGGGGAACAGCACAGGCACGGUAGGGGGCGGCGGAUCCAUCGAACUGUUGGCCGGCUCUUCCCAAGGAGGUGACGGGGGUGAUAUGGUUCUAUCCUCUGGGGCUGGGAGCACCUCACUGAGAGGGAGAGACAGUGGUCACGCCAUUUUAUCGACGGCCGACGCACAGAAUGACAGGGGUUCCAGCGGGGAAGUGCAAAUUGAAACUGGUUCCAGUUUUUCUGGGGAUACGGGAGCAAUUCGCAUGAGUACUGGAAACGCCACGCUCGGAUCAGGCGGGGGGGUGUCCAUGGCGGUUGGCAAUAGCGCAAGCGGAGCCGGUGGCUCCGUCGAUUUUUUCGCUGGGAACACUACCGCUGAUGACGAACCGGGAGGAUCAAUUAUACUGUCGGCGGGAUCCGGCACGAGCAGAGAAGGCGGACGAAGCGAAUGGAGUAGUAGUGGAGAAAUCCUAAUCCAGACGGCCAACGCUGGGUUUGUCGGUACCAGCGGGUCUAUCUCACUCAAUACAGGAACUUCAAGCCGAGGAAAUACGGGUGAAGUACUUUUGGCUACUGCUGAAGCACAAACUGGUCGAGGUGGAUCCAUUACCCUCGCGGUUGGAGCUGGUGCAAGCGGCGACGGCGGUAGCGUGAGAAUGCUCGCAGGCGGCAGUUCAGACUUGGAGCGAAGCGGAGGAUCCGUGAUAGUUGCCGCUGGCAAGGGCACGAACCCCAUAUCUGGCGAUGGUGGCGACGUUCUCGUCGAGGCGGGAGAGAGCACUGCAUCCACAGGAGGGUCGGUUGCUAUCUAUAGCGGGUACGGACACGAGGAAUCAAGUGGAAGCAUCUUGUUAUAUACAGCAAACGGCGGGCAAGAAGGUGUCAGUGGGAGCCUCACCUUCAUGUCUGGCGUCAGUACUGAGGGAAAUAGCGGAGCGAUUGUCGUUGAGUCGGGGAAUGCUGAAGACGGGCGUGGAGGUGCGAUCCACGUUUUGGUUGGCAGCGGUGGUAGUGGGGUGGGUGGUGAGGUAGUCGUGCGGUCCGGAGAAAGCACGGUCGCCACUGGCGGGGACGUGAUGAUCGAAAGCGGUUACGGUACGGCAACGACGAGCGGUGAUAUCUAUGUUCGAACAGUCAACGCCGGCCGCAAUGGCCGAAGCGGCAACCUAUACUUUACGACUGGAACAGCGAGCUCGGGCGGUGCGGGACAAAUAGUCUUCGCGACCGGAGAUGGACCACAAGGCGGAAGCGUUUUAAUCGAACUCGGCGUGUCUGAAAGCGGUGAGGGUGGGGAUAUCGAAAUAUAUGCUGGUUCAAGCGCGAUUGCAACUGGGGGUGACCUGUUGCUUCAGUCGGGGUACUCUUCUGCCAGCACCAGUGGUGCCGUUUACAUCAAAUCAGCGAAUGCAGGAACAUCUGGCACAAGCGGGGUUUUGGCUUUCAACACCGGUACGACUAGCAACGGAGAUUCUGGUGCAAUCACGCUCACGACCGGGCUAGCCCUUAACGGGAAAGGAGGCAAUAUUGAGCUCGCUGUUGGUGCUGGAACGAGCGGAGCAGGAGGCAACGUUAUUCUGAGCGCAGCGGGGUCAGCGGGAUCCUGGAGUUUAGCUCAGGCACCAGCAGCAACGGCAACAGCGGCGAGAUCCUAUUGGGGAGCGGGAUGA